ACCGUCUCCUUCCGGUCCACCCGUCCUCCAGCCAAGGUCGAAUCAACAGCAGUUGAGGGGACCAGCCCUUCCCUCUCUUCGGCAACAUCUCCUACGGCUGUGCAGCUCAGAACCUCGACUCUGGAGGUGACCGGUUCCACCCCGAUGAGGUCGCCUUCCACUGUGGAGACCAGCUUCACGUCUCUUGAAGGUCAAACCACGCCAACCUUCAGCAAGGUUUCUCCCACUAAGGCCGAGCUGACCUCAGCAGAAGUGACCAAAACAGCUUCCCCAGCAUCCGAAUCUCCCCUGGCCACGUCUCCUUCCAUGCAGACUGUAUCCUCUCCGGAUCGGACCUUGCCGCCAUCGUCUCCCUCAGACACCACCAUUGCAUCCCACGGCACGCGUUCUUCUAUUCAUGCAGAAUCCACCCCAGCUGAAGGAGGCACCACCUCUUCGCUCCAUUCGACACGCUCGAGCACUGCAGUCCCAGAAACCAUGUCCUCCGCAGAGUCGGUGGCCUCUAUUGUCACCACGACAGCUACUGUUGGCAUGACUGAGCUAACCUCCGCCAAGGAACAAACUAGUCCCUCCCUCGCCCACUCUUCUACCAUGCAGCCGAAAGGAACCUCACCGCAGGAGACCACAACUCAACACCCACCUUCUGGCUCUUCCACAGGGAAACCGGAGGUCAGCUCUGCCCGAGGCACCUCCGUUUCCCCGUCAACUUCUUCCCCUUCCAGUCACCACUCUUCCAUUGCCCUUACCAAGGAAACCACCGUCUCCUUCCGGUCCACCCGUCCUCCAGCCAAGGUCGAAUCAACAGCAGUUGAGGGGACCAGCCCUUCCCUCUCUUCGGCAACAUCUCCUACGGCUGUGCAGCUCAGAACCUCGACUCUGGAGGUGACCGGUUCCACCCCGAUGAGGUCGCCUUCCACUGUGGAGACCAGCCUCACGUCUCUUGCAGGUCAAACCACGCCAACCUUCAGCAAGGUUUCUCCCACUAAGGCCGAGCUCACCUCAGCAGAAGUGACCAAAACUGCUUCCCCAGCAUCCGAGUCUCCCCUGGCCACGUCUCCUUCCAUGCCGACCGUAUCCUCUCCGGCUCGGACCUCGCCGCCAUCGUCUCCCUCAGAGACCACCAUUGCAUCCCACGGCACGAGUUCUUCUAUUCAUGCAGAAUCCACCCCAGCUGAAGGAGGCACCACCUCUUCACUCCAUUCGACACGCUCGAGCACUGCAGUCCCAGAAACCAUGUCCUCCGCAGAGUCGGUGGCCUCUAUUGUCACCACGACAGCUACUGUUGGCAUGACUGAGCUAACCUCCGCCAAGGAACAAACUAGUCCCUCCCUCGCCCACUCUUCUACCAUGCAGCCGAAAGGAACCUCACCACAGGAGACAACAACUCAACACCCGCCUUCUGGCUCUUCCACGGGGAAACCGGAGGUCAGCUCUGCCCGAGGCACCUCCAUUUCCCCGUCAACGUCUUCCCCUUCCAGUCACCACUCUUCCAUUGCCCUUACCAAGGAAACCACCGUCUCCUUCCGGUCCACCCAUCCUCCAGCCAAGGUCGAAUCAACAGCAGUUGAGGGGACCAGCCCUUCCCUCUCUUCGGCAACAUCUCCUACGGCUGUGCAGCUGAGAACCUUGACUUUGGAGGUGACCGGUUCCACGCCGAUGAGGUCGCCUUCCACUGUGGAGACCCGCUUCACGUCUCUUGAAGGUCAAACCACGCCAACCUUCAGCAAGGUUUCUCCCACUAAGGCCGAGCUGACCUCAGCAGAAGUGACCAAAACAGCUUCCCCAGCAUCCGAGUCUCCCCUGGCCACGUCUCCUUCCAUGCCGACCGUAUCCUCUCCCGCUCGGACCUCGCCGCCAUUGUCUCCCUCAGAGACCACCAUUGCAUCCCAUGGCACGAGUUCUUCUAUUCAUGCAGAAUCCACCCCAGCUGAAGGCGGGCACCACCUCUUCGCUCCAUUCGACACGCUCAAGCACUGCAGUCCCAGAAACCAUGUCCUCCGCAGAGUCGGUGGCCUCUAUUCUCCGUCACACCACGACAGCUACUGUUGGCAUGACUGA